UCACUCCGUUUCUUCUUCUCUUCUCUUUUUGUCUUCAGCUUAGUUUUCCAGUUUCACAGACUCUUUUUUUCCUUUGGAUUUUCUCAUUCCUAGUCUAUCUUCUUCUCUUCCUUGCAUCAUCCAUUCCCUCCCUCUCAGCAUUCUUGAUAACCAGUCCUAGUUGUAGAAAGGAAAUGGCAUCCAGCUCUCUCCGUAGUAGCUCUAGCUCUUCUUGGACUCCCAAGCAGAACAAAUUGUUCGAGAAGGCCUUGGCCAAAUAUGAUAAGGACACCCCCGACCGCUGGCAGAAUGUAGCCAGGGCUGUCGGUGGGAAAUCCGCCGAGGAAGUGAAGAGGCACUAUGAGGAUCUUGUUGAGGAUCUCAAGUGCAUUGAGUCAGGCCGAGUCCCCUUUCCCAAUUACAGGACCACUGGAGGUACCAGUGCCUAACGCAGCCACCAUGCACCUCAUCACCUGGUUGCAUUUUCUCUCUUAUUGGCAGGUUACCCAAGUAUCUAAAGCACCAAAUGAAGUGGCAGCUGUAUCUAUCUAUAUGUAGUGAGUAGAAGAUGUUGUGUGAAAAUCCUUGAAAAGCAGAUGCAGGAUUAUAAAAUGCUCUCCUCUUAGCUCUGGUGUUUCUUCCUCUCUUCGUGCCAGAUUACUCCCAAUAUCCUUGGUCAUCUUAUUUAUGUAUCGAGGGAGGACUAACUGUUAAAAACUUUGGUUCCUCAUUCCUCCAUCGUCGUUGUUGUUGUUGUUGUUCUUCUUCUGCUUCUUCUUCUUCUUGUCAUUAUAAUGGAAUUUCUAAUUUAAAGGA